AAGCGGCGCCGGAAGUCCCCGGCCAGUCGUGGCGGUAACCUUGCGGGCCUGGUGGCGGCUGGCGUGGUGGGUUCUGCGAGUCUGAGCCGCUGUCUGGCUAGGCGGGUUAGCUGUUGGGAACCGCGAGGCAAGGCAGGGACUCCGAGGCCCGCACAGCGCAGGCGCCGGGCAGCGGGGCCGCCCAGCCGACAUGUCUCUGGUGGCGGAAGCCUUCGUCUCCCAAAUCGCAGCUACAGAACCUUGGCCUGAAAAUGCAACGUUGUAUCAGCAACUGAAAGGGGAACAAAUUUUACUUUCUGACAAUGCAGCUUCUCUUGCUGUGCAGGCCUUUUUGCAGAUGUGUAAUCUGCCUGUCAAAGUAGUGUGUAGGGCAAAUGCAGAGUAUAUGUCUCCAUCUGGAAAAGUACCUUUUAUUCAUGUGGGAAAUCAGGUAGUAUCAGAACUUGGUCCAAUAGUCCAAUUUGUUAAAGCUAAGGGCCAUUCUCUUAGUGAUGGGUUGGAUGAAGUCCAAAAGGCAGAAAUGAAAGCUUACAUGGAAUUAGUCAACAAUAUGCUGUUGACUGCAGAGUUGUAUCUUCAGUGGUGUGAUGAAGCUACAGUAGGGGAGAUCACUCAUGCUAGGUAUGGAUCUCCUUACCCUUGGCCUCUGAAUCACAUUUUGGCCUAUCAGAAACAGUGGGAAGUCAAACGCAAGAUGAAAGCUAUUGGAUGGGGUAACAAGACUCUGGACCAGGUCUUAGAAGAUGUAGACCAGUGCUGUCAAGCACUUUCUCAAAGACUGGGAACACAACCCUAUUUCUUCAAUAAGCAGGUCUUCCUGUACCCCAGCUGGCCUGGACUUACUAUGAAAGAAACCAAAUGUGUUUUUUGAAGAGAAGAGGGAAAAAGAAAUUAAGGGAGAUCUUGUGACCUACUGAACUUGAUGCCCUGGUGUUUGGCCAUUUGUAUACCAUUCUUACCACACAGCUGACCAAUGAUGAACUUUCUGAGAAGGUGAAAAACUAUAGCAACCUUCUUGCUUUCUGUAGAAGAAUUGAACAACACUAUUUUGAAGAUGGGGGUAAAGGCAGGUUGUCUUAGAGCUGUAUGUCAGUUGGUUAUUUUAAAAAAAUAUUGAAUUAUGUGUUACUUGAAUGUUAGAUAUUAGUAACAAUUUCAAAACCAAAACCACUGUUUUCUGAAACCUCAAAACAAAUUGCAUAAUGUUAUAUACAUGUUCUUUAUACUGUUAUUUGUGUAUUCAUUAAUAUUGAAUUAUUUGAUUUGGUACAUUGUAUUCUAUACCUUGAAAUUUUUGUUUCCGUAU